CCCAAUAUCAUCCUCACAUUAAGCUAUGAACCCACAAAUAUCAUCCCAAGUACCAUACUCACCUCCAUCAAGUAGUGGCGAGUCCGAUGAUAUAACAUCCUUGGACUCGCCUAGUUUCCAAUCAGCUCCACCACUCAGUACCUCACUGAGUGGUGAAGCUACAUGUCCUCCCCACAAGCGGAAGGCAGGAAGGAAAAAAUUCAAAGAGACGUGCCACCCUAUUUUUCGUGGGGUUCGCGAGAGAGAUGGAGGGAAAUGGGUGUGUGAAGUACGUGAGCCUAACAAGAAAAGUAGGAUAUGGCUAGGGACUUACCCUACGGCAGAACUUCCAGCUAGGGCACACGACGUUGCAACCCUAGCUCUAAGGGGUGACAAAGCUUCUCUCAACUUUCCUGACUCGGCUUGGCUUGCUCCUCGAGCUAAGUCUAGCUCAGCUCAGGACAUUAGGCUCGCGGCUUUACAAGCCACUAGGUCCGAUCUUGGCUCUUCCUCACCUUAUGAAGGUUGUAAGAGUGAAGAUAUGGGAGAAAAAUCAUCAAUGAGCUUUGAAUCCAAAGAGUUAUUGUUUAUCGAUGAAGAAGUAAUUUAUAAUAUGCCAGCUUUCAUUGAUAGCAUGGCUGCCGGUAUGCUUCUUACACCGCCUUCUUUAAAAAGAGGAGUGAAUUGGGAUGAAAUGGAGGAAGAUGAGGCUAAUUGUCAUAUAGAUUUAAAUUUGUGGCAAUAAAGCUAAAUUAAUUAGAGAAUUUUAUACAACAUCAUUUUAGGGCAUGCAAUGUAUAACAUGUGUGGCUUUUAGCGUGAGCUAGAUUGGUUUAACUACCCAAUCUCCAGUGCUUUAAGAGGCCGUGAGCCCGUGAUCGAGUGGUUCCGCGAGCCUAUUAUGUACACCCGGGGUCAUUUGCCCAUUCAAUCAACAAAUAAGUACAAAUAUUAUUUAUUCAUUUGUUGAUUAAAUGAGCAAAUGACCUGAGUGUACGGUACACCCGGGUGUAUAUAAUAAUUUCUAAUAAGUGGUUCCAAUUCAUCAUCUUCAAUUCUAUAUUAUAGUUUUAGAAUUGAAUCUAGAUCAUAAUUUUGGUCGAAAUAAUGUUUUUUUUCGUAAUAAUAUUGUCGCAUGAUGAAUUGCUAAAGCAUGAAUAUGGUGGACCUUAAUAACAUUCGUUUCCCAACAGGCUGGAGUAUUGAGUAACAAAGCUACUUUACCACCUAUAGCCAGAAAAUCUCCACCACUCAACUUAAAAGGUGAAUGAUUGUCGCAAGAAACUUGUUAAAAUGUACAACGUGGUACAUACUCAAGAAAUUGAAUCCCAUCUACAUCAUUGCCUUUAAUAGGAGUUCGACCACAUCACUUAAGAAGAACUCCAGCCCUAAAUAUUGAAGGGUUAUUGAGACAACAAUAAAGGACUUUUUUUUUUUUAAUUCCAGGACCACAUUGUGUAAUACCAUACCCAUGAAGUGAAUGAAAUAAAG